CAGGAUCCUGCUACAUUGUGACCCCGAGUAUCGGAGGAUCCGGCUACAUUGUGACCCGAGUAUCGGAGGAUCCGGCUACAUUGUGACCCGAGUAUCGGAGGAUCCGGCUACAUUGUGACCCGAGUAUCGGAGGAUCCGGCUACAUUGUGACCCGAGUAUCGGAGGAUCCGGCUACAUUGUGACCCGAGUAUCGGAGGAUCCGGCUACAUUGUGACCCGAGUAUCGGAGGAUCCGGCUACAUUGUGACCCCGAGUAUCGGAGGAUCCGGCUACAUUGUGACGGAUGGAGGCAGCGGGGGUUACAUCACAGAUGAAGAGGCAGCGGAGGAGCAGUGAUGGGGUCUUGGUGUAAGGUGGAUGUGGUUCGCCGGUUGCACAGUAUAUCUUAGUCCCUCAGGGGAUGCAGCUGCUAAUCUUAUAAUAGAGCCCGGAGUCUGUACUGAAGCCGACGAUAAUGAACAACACGGACGUAUUCGCUCCAGUGGGUGACGCGGGGCCCUUUGCCAUGCGGGGCCACAAGCAGCGCUGUAUGUCCGCCGUGGAACCAAGCACCCCCUCCGAGAUGGAUUUAAAGGACGAGGAACAGGACCGCUUCCUAGGUGUCCCGCUGCGCCGGUACUGCCCCACGCGGAGCUCCGCCCACAUCCGCGAUUCCUUCCGAAGGCACAGCUGGGAGCCGGGAAAGAGGCUGCAAGAGGAGGAGUCUAAUUAUGACGAGCUCAGCCUCAGCCUGAAGGGCCUGGACCCCGAAGAGAUAGAGGCCAUGGGCUACCCCAAGGACCCGCGCCGGGCUCCCAUCACCUCCAGUAACGACGAACUGGAGAACCUGCUGCUGAUGCGGGGCGAAGAUCUGGAGGUGACGCAAGAGGAACACGCCAAGCGGCUCCGCGAUUACCUGUCCUCCCAGAACUACUGCCUGUACAACCCGCUCUCCAAAUCCUUCUCCAUGACCGGGAUCGACCACUGCUUCCCCGACGAUGUGUCUCUCUACUCUCACGGACAACGCAUGAGCAACGGACUGAGCGCCGUGAGCUGCGGGGAGAUUGACUCUCUGGAGACAGACGAGAAGGAGAACAGAUUAAAGGAGGAGUCCCCCUUCGGGAGGACGCUGAGCUUCAUCAGGAAGAUGACCAGCGGCAAACACAAGAAUAAAGACAAGGAGAAGAUGAAGGACGCCAAGGACACGCGUUACACCAACGGGCACCUCUUCACCACCAUCACCGUCUCCGGGACCACCAUGUGCUUCGUGUGCAAUAAGAGCAUCACGGCCAAGGAGGCGCUCAUCUGUCCGACGUGCAGCGUCACCAUCCACAACCGCUGCAAGGACGCCCUGCCCAGCUGUACUAAGGUCAAACAGAAGCAGCAGAAAGCGGCCUUCAUAAAGAACAAUAGCGCCCUUCAGAACGUGUCUUUGCGGAAUAAAACCAGUACACUAAGGGAGAGACCCAACUCCGCCAUCUACCCCUCCGACAGCCUCCGACAUUCCCUGCUGGGAUCCCGGCGCGGGCGGCCAUCUUUGUCUCUUUCCAAAAGCGUCUCCACCACCAACAUAGCCGGGAAUUUGAACGAUGAAAGUCCGCUGGGCAUAAGAAGGAUCUUGUCGCAGUCCACCGACUCCCUGAACAUGAGGAACCGGACCCUGUCUGUGGAGUCUCUCAUUGAUGAAGGUGCCGAUGUCAUCUACAGCCAGCUGAUGAGUGACUUUGCCACGGAUGAGAAGGAGUUCGAGGCAGAUUCGUGGAGCUUAGCUGUGGAUAAUAAUUAUCUUCAGCAGCACAAGAAGGACGUCAUGAAACGUCAGGAUGUCAUCUAUGAGCUCAUCCAAACCGAGGUCCACCACGUCCGGACGCUGAAGAUCAUGACCAACAUCUUCCGGAAGGGGCUGGUGGAGGACCUGCAGAUGGACCCGGCCCUGGUGCAGAAGAUGUUCCCAUGCGUGGACGAGCUCAGCGACAUUCACAUCCGCUUCCUCAUCCAGCUGCUGGAAAGGCGCAAAGAUUCUCUGGCUUCCGACAGCAACAAGAAUUUCGUCAUCAACAAGCUGGGAGACAUCCUCAUCAACCAGUUUUCAGGGACCAACGCGGAGCACAUGAAGAAGGCCUACACCGAGUUUUGCAGUCAGCAUCACAAGGCUGUGAAGCUGUACAAGGAGCUCUUCUCCCGAGACAAGAAGUUCCAGCAGCUCAUACGGAAAAUGACCCGCUCCCAACUACUCCGGAGACACGGCGUGCCAGAAUGUAUUCUACUGGUGACCCAGAGGAUCACCAAGUACCCGGUUCUCAUCGAUCGGAUACUUCAGAACUCCAAAGCAAAAAAGCAGAUGCGUGUUUGCCGCAUUUUUGCGACGGAGCCGUGUGAAAGCAGCCUAAGUGACGAGGAGGAGUACCAGGACCUGGCGGCCUCGCUGACCUUAAUAAAGGAACUCAUCACCUCCAUUGACCAGGAGGUCUUCAACUACGAGAAAAACACGCGACUGCAGGAGAUCUACCUGAAAGUGGACAGCAAGUCCGCCGCCUCCGUCCAAGGCGAUUUUUGCUUCGGCAAAGAGGAGCUACUAAGACGGAAGCUCGUCCACGAAGGGUCCCUGCUGUGGAAGACCGCUGCUGGCCGGUUCAAAGACGUCAUCAUGCUGCUAAUGACAGACGCCCUGAUUCUUCUCCAAGAAAAGGACCAAAAAUACUACUUUCCCACCCUGGACAAGUCAGCCGUGAUUUCAUUACAAAACCUCAUCGUCAGGGACAUUGCCAAUCAGGAGAAAGGGAUGUUUCUGAUCAGCGCCAAGCCUCCAGAGAUGUAUGAAGUUCACUCGGCCUCCCGGGAGGAGAGGAACAUGUGGAUGAAGGUCAUUGCACAGACAGUAAAAGUAUGUCCAAAACGGGAAGAAUUCCCACUGAUUGAAACCGAAGUGGAAGCCAAAUUGAGGAAAUUGAAAGAGGUCAUACAGCAGAGGGACACGGAGGUGGCGGCCAUCAUGGAGGAGAAGGUGACGCUGUUUUCCAAGGUGCUACAGCUGCAGGCGGGAGAGGACGCGCCAGUCAUGGGGAACACCCGCAAGCUGUUCCGGACGGAAUCCACGGACAGCUACCGAGGAGAGAAACUCAUCACUGAGGCCAUCAAAGAAGUGGAAGCGCUGAAGGACGUCAUUAUAACGAUAGGAAACGAGCAGCUGCUUAUAGUCGAUCACAAUCACACCUCUGUCCCAGCCAGUAAUCCCACACAUGGCAACUCGAGCAGUGUGAACGGAUCUCUGGACAGGGAUGAGGACCAGAAGGACCGGAACGGCAACCAACUGCAGAAUAAGAGCCCGCAGGAGGAGGCUCUGCAAAGGAUCUCCAACUUGUACACCUUGUUGCACGGACUCCAGGUGGUGGUGGCCCAGCAAGACAGUCUGUUGAGUCUACAGAUCCCAGACAGCACAGACAAGAAGGAGAACCUAAACCGCACCGACAAGAAAGAGAACCUGUCCCGCACCAACUCCCGCGACCUGUCUGUAGUAGACCCCUUAUCCAAGAGCAUGGACAAGUCCGGCACCGAGCUGACCCUUCUCCAGCGACAGCAUACCCUGCUGCAAGAGGAGCUGCGCCGCUGCAGACGACAGUGCGAGGAGCGGGCGCAGGAGGCGGGAACCUUGGAGGCGCGGCUCAGGGAGAGCGAGCAGAUGAGGAACAAACUGGAACUUGAGCUGGAGGAGGGGAAGAAGCAGCUGGAGCUGGCUACCCUGCAGAAAGGCAAUAUGGUGGCUGAUAUUGGUAGAAGUCCUAGGGGGACUGACCCAAGAAGGCGGAGCUUGCCAGCCGGAGACGCCCUGUACCAAACCUUCACUCCACCCCAGAUAAACCACGACCGCCGAUCUCUGGCCACCCUGGAUGGCCCAGGCCCGAUCCCUGUCAUCACCUUACAGGAGGACUCUGACCUGAAAGACGACUUCAGCGACCUCACCGAGCUGGAGAGGCUGCCAGAGACUGUAGACACAGAGUCCUCAGAGGAAGAGGGAGGAGGGCCGCCAACGUCGCCAUCAAGCGCGCGAGAAUUCCAGAGAAUGCAGGACAUUCCGGAGGAGGCCGAGAGCACGCAAGACCUGAAGGACGCGGAAACCGGAUCGUCAGAGAGCUGAUCCGUGCCAGAAGACGGCUACCACCGAAAACACAAGACGGACGCGCUGCUCCACCUGGAAGCCCCCCCAGCCGAGCAGUAAGAAGAGAGAUGACUGUUAGCGGAGAGAGAGACAUUUCAUCUCUUCCUUCCCAAAAAAAUAAACUUUCCUCGCGACGAUAACGGACCAACUCAACAAUUUCUUAUAGGGCUGCGUGUGACUGUUCUACGGACGCAACAUAUUCACUGAUGGGGGGAGGGGUGAAAGACUGAAACGUCAUUAUUAAAUGUGAUGCAAUGCAAAAUUAGCGGCGGAAUCGAGCCGUGGCUUUUUUUUUUUUUUUUUUAACUAGUGAAAUGAAUUUGGUUUGCCAAAUAAAACAGCGACAGUAUGAAAAGUUCAGAUGAAUUCGAAUUUUGACACAAAAGGCAAACGCAUUUGAAAGGAGGUAGCCGAUUGGUACAUGGGUUAAGCAUCCAAUCAAAGCCAUGCUACACAGGGCAAGACGUUGAACUACAAGUCUCAUCAUCCAUUUCAGGACAGCGUAGUCUGCGGCUCCUUCAGAUUUGCGCUUUUUUUUUGGGGGGGGGGGUCUCAUUAUCUUGUUGGGAAACAAAUGGGGGGGUCUGCAUUUAAAGCAACGUUGCCACCUUGUGGCAGGAUCUGUGUACUGCAGGACAAGACCGAGAAUGCCGUCUGAGAGACACCUGGUUGGCUUUUUAAAGGACAGGUAGCACUUUAAAACAUCUGAACUGAAACCAAAAUACCCAACAAUGUAACUAAAUCUCAUUAAAAUUUUCUUUACAAAAACGGUAAUACUUAAAACGUAAUGAUUUGUAGAUAUUCAGGCCAGACCCCCCUUUUAGCCUCCACCCCCCCACUGCCAAACUGGAAGAUCUGCGCUAAAGCACAACGCCCGCUACGUGGCAAGGCUCUCUUUUAGUAUAUAUAUUUUUUCUUUAUGCGGUCCAUAUUUUAAGUUAUUUUUUUCAUAAGCAAUGAGGUGCAAGAAAAAGCUAUAGGAAGGCGGGGUGUAAAAAAAACAAAAAAUGGCAUAUUGCAGCCCUUUGGGGGUGGGGGCGCCACUCACGAAGCCGAUCCCUGUAAUCAAUGCCUAUUUGAGUUAUUGCAGAAGAUUAAUGCUGUGAUCCUGGACAAGGUCCCAAACACAGUAUAGGAGGGAAAGGGACCACGGGGCCUAGAUGCCAGACUGCAGCCCAGGGGGAGGGGGGGUCAAUAAGAAUGUUAACGGGGCAAUUCCCUUUCUAAAAUGUAAAAAAAAAAAAAAAACGCGCAUUGUCAGGCCUCCAGUAAAGUUUCUCCCUGGUGGUUAAAUGCAGCUUUUUUUUUACCCCAAAAAUGUCUGAUUAAAGGUCUGGGGGGGGGGGGGGUGCAAAGACGAGCACACCAUUACAGUACACAGUGUCAGAGGUUAAUUCUGAGGAAUCAUGCUGUAUCGUCAACUUUCAAAAUAAAAUAAAAAGUCCAUGCAAAACCAUACGUACAAUAAUCACCGACACCGGUUAGCCCCGCCCACAGCCUGAAUUUGGGGGGUGGGCUCCCAAAUCACACCCGCUUUACAAGUUGACACCCACUAUGUCACCGACUCACGAAGCCGACCCCUGUAAUUAAUGCCUAUUUGAGGCAUUGUACAAGGUUGAUGGUUUGAUCCCGGACGAGCCCCCAUAAAGUAUAAAUCGGAGGGGAGAGAACAAAGGGUCGACACGCCAGAACGGAUUGGUGGAAUCAUGUUGGCUUUGAGUUCCCAGCUCAAAGCCAACCUCUACAAAAAAAAAGGAGCUAGCAGCUCCAACCACACGCACAGCCAAUAAAGGGGGCUCCUUCCCUCUGAUGAACUAUCGGGUUGUGGAGAAAAUGAUCAGAUAACGCCCACCACCACCCAAAAAAAAAUGCUAGAUUUGGUUUUAGACCAUGGUGGGUUAUCAUUUCAACAGUGAUGGAGCUUCAAAGAGAAGGCCCACCUCUGUCGAUUUCAUCUUUUCGCUUCUAACGCCUCAAACCGAUACAAUUUUAAUGCCUAGUUGAAGUAUUGUAAAAGGUUGAUGCUUUGAUCUCGGACGAGCCCCCAUUCACCAUAAAUAGUUCUUAGCUCAAAGCCAACCUCCUAUACAAAAAAGGAGUUGGGAAAUCCACCCACACCUACAGCCAAUAAGCGGGUCUCCUUGCCUCUGAUGAAAUAUCAGAUUAUGGAAAAAAUGAUCAGAUAACGCCCACCACCACCUGGAAAAAAAAAAUGCUAGAUUUGGUUUUAGAUGAUGGCGGGUUAUCAUUUCAACAGUGAUGGAGCUUCAACGAGAAGGCCCACCUCUGUCGAUUAGAUCUUUUCGCUUCUAACGCCUCAAACCGAUACAAUUUUAAUGCCUAGUUGAAGUACUGUACAAGGUUGAUGCUUUGAUCCCGGACGAGCCCCCAUACACCAUAAUCGGAGGGGAGAGAACAAAGGGCCGAGACGCCAGAACUGAUUGGGUGGGAUCACGUUGGCUUUGAGUUCCCAGCUCAAAGCCAACCUCCUCUACAAAAAAGGAGCUAGCAGCUCCACCCACACGCACAGCCAAUAAAGGGGGCUCCUUCCCUCUGAUGAACUAUCGGGUUGUGGA